UGUUAGUCAUUUGGGUUCGUUCGUUCGCUUGGUCAACACAUUCCCAGAGCAGAGAAUCUGAGAAUUGAGAAACGCGCCGCCACCGCUGCGUAUCAGUCCUAACGGUAGUUCCGAAACUUCCUCCGCUUCGUGCUAUAGCUGUCUGAGUUCCAGUUGCAGUGAACAGUGCAAAACCAAGUACGUGGAGUAGUGUCAGCCUAUCUCCGAUCACCGUUUACAUCAUGUGCCUUUCCUCGCCAUCACAAGCUCCCGACCAAAGCCAGGCAACCGAGAGCCGAUGCAACGGAUCCUGCAGCCUGGACAAGAAGGGGAAUCGCAGCAGAAGCACUACCUCUAGCAGCAGUAUCAUUAACGGAGAGCUGAAGAAAAGAGGUCAUUCCACAGUGGCUAGACAGACCAAAGUGCCUGAGAGAGAGCUAGACGAUAAUUUAGGUUAUAAGGAGGAGAACGCCGUGUACAAGGAGAAUGCCGUGAAGGGAAAGAAGGAGCCGGAGCAGCCUCAGCUAUUUCAAGAUCCUGAGAAAGAGGAGGAGGUCUACAAGCCACAAAUCAGAUGGCCCGAUCUGGGGGCCCAGACCUUCCUGCACGUCGGGGCACUCUACGGCGUCUACCUGCUCUUCUAUGCCAAGUUUUACACAUUCCUAUGGGUGGUUGGCACCAUCUGGGUAUCGGGUAUUGGAAUCACGGCGGGUGCGCAUCGUCUGUGGUCGCACAAAUCCUACACGGCGUCCUGGGGUCUACGUGUUCUGCUCGCCUUCGCCUUCUCCAUAGCUGGGCAGCGAGAUGCCUACACAUGGGCACUGGAUCAUAGGAUACACCAUAAGUUCUCAGAGACGGACGCAGAUCCUCACAACGCGAAGCGCGGCUUCUUUUUCGCUCACGUGGGCUGGUUGUUCCUCACCCCCCACCCGAAUGUGGUGGCCAAGCGGAAGGUAAUCGACAUGUCGGAUCUGGAGGCCGACGCUGUCUGUAUGUUCCAGAGGAAGUAUUACAUUCCACUGUUUGCCCUCUGCUCGAUCAUUUUGCCCGUGGGCGUGCCAUGGUACUUCUGGGGCGAGAGCCUCUGGAUGUCCUUCUGGAUCAAUUUCAACAUGAGAUUCACUUGGACCCUCAACGUGGCCUUUUUCGUGAACAGCGUAGCCCACAUGUAUGGCAAUAGGCCAUACGAUAAGAACAUCAUGUCCGUAGAGGCGCCCAUCGUCUCAUUACUGGCCAUGGGAGAGGGAUGGCACAACUACCACCAUGUGUUCCCCUGGGACUACAAGACGGGCGAAUUCGGCAACUACAGCCUAAAUGUGACCACGGGGUUUAUUGAUUUUUGCGCACGCCUCGGUUUAGCUAGUGGACGCAAAGUUGUUUCCCCUGACAUGGUCAAGCGACGCGCGGCCAAGUGCGGGGAUGGCACACGUUUCCUUGACGAUGAGUUCGCCCACAAGGAUCAGGUUUGGGGUUUCGGAGACAAGGACUUGCCGCGAGAGGAUUUCGCUGAGCUGGCCAAGAUGCAGAAUUGAGGAUUAAAUCUAUGGCACUGUAUUAUCUUUUCAGCCUGUGGUUACAAUAGUUUUAAUUUCAAGUGGCAAGUUCAGCGUCAUAACAAUCCACGGACCCAUCCCAUCAAUCCCUUUCCAAACACAAGCUCGACGUUGAUUUCGUUACUUAACCACUAGUACUUGGGUCAAUAAAGUAUAUUUUGUAUUAAACCAAA